GUCUCUUUUCUCGCGCCACUUUCAGGCGCUUUGGCGCGAGAGCGUGAAGCAGUGGGCCGGUUUUGGAGGCUUGCAAGCGGCGUCCUUCUCUUUAGCUCCCCGCGCCAUGGAUCGGAGUGAGCGACCGCGCGAUGGGGCUGAAAAUGUUUGCCAUGGAGAAGCAACUGAUUCAGCAAAUCUUAUAGCGUCACGUUCACGCCGUGAGAAGAAGUCUAAAAAAGGGAGACAGGAAGCACUGGAACGCUUGAAAAAAGCAAAGGCUGGUGAGAAAAUCAAAUAUGAGGUUGCGGAAAUCACAAGUGUUUAUGAUGAAAUUGACGAAGAGCAAUACUCUAAGAUUGUCAGAGAACGCCAAGAUGAUGACUGGAUUGUGGAUGAUGAUGGGAUUGGUUACGUUGAAGAUGGCAGAGAGAUAUUUGAUGAAGACUUAGAAGAUGAUGCUUUUGAUUCUGAAAAGAAAGGAAGAAGAAAUGCAAUUUCCCCAAAUGAGAAGAAAAAUGUGAAGAAGACUAUGGUAUCAAAGCCAAACACUAUUAAAUCUAUGUUUAUGGCCAGUACUGGGAAGAAAAAUGCUGAUAAAACCGUUGACCUGUCAAAGGAUGAUUUGUUAGGCGACAUUUUGCAGGAUCUGAAUGCUAAGUCCACUUAUAUAGCACCACCACCAGUUGCAGUGCUAAAAAAGAAGAGGCUUUUUGGAACACCACUGAAUCCUUUUUCUGUGCAAUCUCCGAUUUCCAAGACAGCUUCUUCUACAAUGAAGAAAACUGCUAUGCCUAUCGAGCAAGAAGUUUCUUCAUUAAAUUCAUCAAAUUCUAAGCACAGAGUCUACACAGCUAGAUCAGAGGCAGUCGAAGAGAGCAGUGAUCCUGAAAAUGGAAUAGAAGCUAUGGGAAACAGAGUAAAAACAAAAGCAGAAGAAGCUAUUAAAGUUUCAGAAGAUGAACAGGCUAUAAUGGAUUUCAAUGAUGAGGACUUUGAUGAAUCCAUGGAAGAAAUGGGAGGUGUAGCAGAAACAAUUAUAGACCAGGAAGAAGAGAUGAACUCAGAAGAGAGACAAAUGCAGCAAGAGGAGUCAGUGAAAACAGGUUCACAUUUCUUAAGCUCUUCCCUCCCUGAUGGUUCUGUUUGGGACAGAAUUGAUGAAAAUGUAGAGUGUCUAGCUUCAGAAAUGCAAUCCAUUCAAAUGGAUUCCAGUCAACUCCCAUUAGUAAAUACAGAAGAUGGGCAGCAAGUCUUCAGGUUUUAUUGGCUGGAUGCUUACGAAGAUCAGUAUAAUCAACCAGGAGUGGUAUUUCUCUUCGGUAAAGUGUGGGUUGAAUUGGUGAAGUCCUAUGUGAGCUGUUGUGUAACAGUAAAAAAUAUUGAAAGAACUGUUUACCUACUGCCACGUGAGUUGCGAGUGGAUUUGUCUUCUGGCAAAGAGACAGAGAAUCCUGUGACUAUGAUGGAUGUCUAUCAAGAAUUUAAUGAACAAGUUGCAGAAAAAUACAAAAUCAUGAACUUCAAAUCUAAGAAAGUGGAAAAGAAUUAUGCUUUUGAGAUACCAGAUAUUCCUGUGAAAUCUGACUACUUAGAAGUUAGAUACUCGACUGAAUUAUGUCGGCUUCCUCAAGAUCUGAAAGGAGAGACAUUUUCUCAUGUUUUUGGAACAAAUACCUCUAGUCUAGAACUAUUCCUAUUGAGCAGGAAGAUUAAAGGACCAAGCUGGCUGGAAAUAAAAAAUCCACAGAUCUCAAGCCAGUCUGUCAGUUGGUGUGCAGUGGAACUGGUGGCAUUGAAGCCUGACUUAGUGAGUGUGUUGAAAGAUCUGCCCCCACCUCCUCUUGUGGUCAUGUCUCUUAGCAUGAAGACAGUUCAGAACACAAAGACUCAUCACAAUGAGAUUAUGGCUAUUGCAGCUUUAGUACAUCACAAAUUUUGUUUGGACAAAGCUCCACCUGUGCCUCCUUUUCAGACCCACUUCUGCGUUAUUUCAAAACCAAAUGAUUGCAUUUUCCCAUAUGACUUCAAGGAAGUAGCUAAAAAUAAGAAUGCUAAAAUAGAGAUUGCCACAACAGAGAGGACAUUACUGGGUUUUUUCCUGGCAAAAGUUCAUAAAAUUGACCCUGAUGUUAUUGUGGGGCAUAAUAUUUAUGGCUUUGAUUUGGAACUUCUUCUUCAGCGAAUUAACUACUGCAAAGUUCCACACUGGUCCAAGAUAGGUCGACUGAAGAGAUCAAACAUGCCAAAGCUUGGGGGUCGUAGUGGAUUUGCUGAAAAGAAUGCCACUUGUGGUCGAAUGAUUUGUGAUAUAGAAAUUUCAGCAAAGGAGCUGAUUCGUUGUAAGAGUUAUCACUUGUCUGAACUGGUCAGUCAGAUUCUGAAAAUGGAAAGAGUGACAAUUACAGCUGAAGAGAUAAGAAAUAUGUACAGUGAUUCUCGCCACUUACUUUACAUGUUGGAGACCACCUGGAUUGAUGCUAAAUGUAUUUUACAAAUAAUGUGUGAACUGAAUGUUCUUCCACUUGCCCUACAAAUUACAAAUAUUGCUGGCAAUGUUAUGUCAAGGACUCUGAUGGGUGGGCGAGCUGAGCGCAAUGAAUACUUGCUCCUUCAUGCAUUUUAUGAAAAUAAUUAUAUUGUGCCUGAUAAACAACUCUUUAAAAAGCCGCACCAGAAACAGCUGGAAGAAGAUGAUGAUUUAGAAGGUGGUCAGAAUAAAUCAAAGACAGGACGAAGAAAAGCGGCAUAUUCUGGAGGUUUAGUUUUGGAUCCAAAGAUUGGUUUUUAUGACAAGUUCAUUUUGCUUCUAGACUUCAAUAGCUUGUACCCUUCAAUUAUCCAAGAGUUUAAUAUCUGUUUUACAACCGUUGACAGAGUAUCUUCUAAUGCACCCCAAAAGACAGAGGAUGAAUUGGAAGAAAUUCCUGAACUACCAGAUUCAUCCCUAGAAAUGGGAAUCUUGCCUAAGGAAAUUAGAAAGCUCGUUGAGCGAAGGCGUCAAGUUAAGCAGUUGAUGAAACAGCCAGACUUAAAUUCUGACCUCUAUUUACAGUAUGAUAUCAGGCAGAAGGCUUUGAAGCUUACGGCUAACAGCAUGUAUGGAUGCCUGGGGUUUUCCUACAGCAGAUUCUAUGCAAAGCCUCUUGCAGCUUUAGUGACUUUCAAAGGCAGAGAGAUUUUGAUGCAUACUAAGGAGAUGGUGCAGAAGAUGAAUCUGGAAGUGAUUUAUGGCGAUACAGACUCCAUUAUGAUAAAUACAAACAUUACCAACUUAGAAGAGGUCUUUAAACUAGGGAACAAGAUUAAAAGUGAAAUAAACAAGCUGUACAAGUUGUUGGAGAUUGAUAUUGAUGGAGUCUUUAAGACACUUUUAUUAUUAAAAAAGAAGAAAUAUGCUGCUUUGGUUGUGGAGCCAACAGGAAAUGGAAAAUAUAUUACCAAGCAAGAACUGAAAGGCUUAGACAUAGUGCGAAGAGACUGGUGUGAUCUUGCAAAAGAAACUGGAAACUAUAUCAUCAGUCAAAUUCUUUCUGACCAAUCCCGAGAUGUAAUUGUAGAAAACAUCCAGGCAAAGCUAAUCCAAAUUGGAGAAAAUGUGGCAAAUGGCUGUGUUCCAAUAAAACAAUUUGAAAUCAACAAGGCAUUAACAAAGGAUCCACAAGAUUACCCAGACAAAAAAAGCUUACCUCAUGUUCAUGUUGCACUGUGGAUAAAUUCUCAAGAGGGCAAAAAGAUGAAAGCUGGGGAUACUGUGUCAUAUGUUAUCUGUCAGGACGGUUCAAAUCUGAGUGCCAGCCAGAGAGCAUAUGCUCCUGAACAACUGAAAAAACAAGCAAAUCUUGUUAUUGAUACUCAGUACUAUCUGUCACAACAGAUUCAUCCAGUAGUUGCUCGUAUUUGUGAACCCAUAGAUGGAAUUGAUUCAGUUCUUAUUGCAGCAUGGCUUGGGCUGGAUCCCUCACAGUUCAAAGUCUGUCACCAUUAUCAUAAAGAUGAGGAGAAUGAUGAUUUGCUUGGUGGCCCAGUUCAGCUCACUGAUGAAGAAAAAUAUAAAGACUGUGAAAAAUUCCAGUUUGCCUGCCCGAAAUGUGGGACAGAGAAAAUUUAUGACAAUGUGUUUGAUCAUUCGGGUGGGAUGAUUGAAGCCAGUUUGCAACCUUGUAGCAAAUGCCAUGAAAACCUUUCAGAUUAUCUCAUGCAAAUUAACAACAAGCUAAUCUUGGAUAUAAGAAACUAUAUUAAGAAGUACUACAGCGAAUACCUUAAACUGGCCAACCCCACCCUGAGACCACAACUCCCCACAUGUCUGAUCUGGAUGGUACUGAAGGGAACUGAAGUCCAAAAGUUCUGGAGAGUACCCAUCGGGGAAGGCUGCCUUCAGCAUUUUCUUGCAUAAAACUGAUAUUGGCAAUCUUAAUUUAGGUGUAGGCAAUCUGGGCUCUCCAGAGGUUUUUUUGACUACAGCUUUCGUAAUCCCUAGAUAGCAUGGUCAGUGGUCAGAAUUAAGGAACUGUAGUCUAAAACAUCUGGAGAGUGCCAGUUUGCCUACAAGUGGAUACAAAUGCCACUACUUAAUGUAUGGUUUGUGUUACGAGUGAUACAGGCUAUCCUUGUUGCUCAAAAGUAUUUUUCGUCUAUAUGUUUGUCUGUAUGUGUGAAAGCACUUAUACCCUCCUCUUCAGCUCUGAAAAGCUGAAGCUAAAAAGAUUAAUAACAAGACAAUAGCCUCUCUCAGGCUUGCAUCUAAAAUAAUACACAGAAGGAAAAUGAAUUAAGAUGCAGGUAGGAGAAAAUAAAGUCAGACAUUAACUAUUAAGAUGUACUGUUCUUAUCUGCUUUUUCUGGCAGGGUGGGAUGAAACAAGUUUCCAGCAAAUGUUCCUUCUCUCACCAGUGUAUAGGUCUAGUCUGUGCUUCCUUCGCCAUGUUUUAAUUGUUUGCUUUGAUUGGUCCCCACCCCCACACACACAUCAGAGCCAGUGGGACCAGUUUUCCACUGGUCAUGGGUCCCCUGGCAAUGGCAGAGACUGCUGUGCUCCACUUCUGCCAUUCUAAUGCAACUCAGCUGUUGGACCUGGUCAGACUAUAGACAGAUGUAAAAUUACAGCAUUUACUCUGAGCAUUAAAUUUUUGUAAUCAUUGAAAAAGAAUGACUACAUGGGAAAAGUUGGCUACAUAAAGAUUAAUUCAAUUUUUUCCUUCAAUUGUGCAGGAUAAAGAAUUCCGUAAAAACUUUAACACUGAAAUUGGGCUUACUAAUCCAGUACGUAUCUUGGCAAAGGUCAAGGAAAAUAAUUUUACUGCUAAAUAUUUGUAUCCUGGUAUAAUGCAUCAUCCUUUACCUACUUUUAUCCAAGUAGAAAUCAUCUGCAACCACGUUAACAGAAAGCUUUCACAAGAUUUUUACAUCUGUCUGGAAGUUCACUAAAAUUCUAAGAUUUUAGGGUACCCAAACUACACUGAGAUUUUGUAGAAGUAUAAUGUAGUUUGUCCAAACUUUAAAAUAGUGUCAGUGUGUCAGCACUGGAUGUUAGGUCAAGCCUAGAAGAUUCAGAAAAUUUAGGAUAUUUUCCAAUGCAAGUUUAAGCAAAAACAAAAUCCCACAACUCCCUGCAUUGCCCACAUUCCACGGAUGUCUGAACAAUGUUGGAAGUUGCACCCUUUGUCAAAUAUAAAGUUAUAUUGGAACUAUUUGCAUGGGUAGGAAAACACUUAAAAGAGAUUGUGGCAACUGAAGUUCAGGUGAUACUUAAAUCAUUAUACUUAAAUCUUUCACGUAGGAGAAAAAAGAAAUAGGCAAUAAUUUGGUCCUCUUCUCUUCCUUGGCAGCAUAUUAACACAAGAUGUGAAAGAUAUUACUACAUAUUUUGAGCAUCUCUUUUUAUUCUUAAAAUAGUGAGUUAAAGUUUAGUGGUAUUGUACUAAAGGUAUUAACAUAGGCGUAGUAACUGCCAGGCAUAUAG